AUCUUCUUUCAAUUCGUGUAAGAUAAAACAUCCAUUUAUUUCAAACGCAAUUAAGAUUUGUUUAUACGUUGUCUUGUUGUUAGAGAAGAUCAUUUGUCGAUCUUGAUAACGGUUGACUACAUGGAUUUAAUUAUCAUUUCUGGAGCAGACAUCACAUCAGGUUGAUCAUGCAAUCUGCAGUUAUUUCAGGUUUUUUGCUCUUGACAGUGGCGCUUACGACAUCAGAAGGCUUUCUGAUCGAUUCGCAAACACCAGCUCCUUGCUUAGACCAGCAACCGAACUGUGACGUGUUGAAUACUACCUUCAACGUAUGUAAAGACCUUCAUACUGGAACAAAUCUAUGCAGACGGUACUGUGGCCUGUGCAGUGUUGUUCACGGUGGUUGGUCGGUGUGGAGCGCUUGGGGUGUCUGUGACGUCACAUGUGGCAAUGGAACUAUGGCGAGGACAAGGGAGUGUAACAAUCCAGCGCCUAUCAACGGAGGGGACGACUGUCAGGGAUCGAAACAAACUACCGGACAAUGUCUUCUCUCCACAUGCCCAACCCAUGGCGGCUGGAGCGCGUGGAGCGAGUGGGGUUCGUGCAGUGUCACGUGCGGAGUGGGUCUGAAAAGACGUGACCGAGUCUGUGAUAAUCCAUGGCCUUCACGUGACGGCAACCACUGCUUUGGGGACAAUAUAAACUAUGAGAUAUGUUUUGAACCCUCUUGUGCAAACUGGUCAUCUUGGGAAAACUGGAGCUCUUGCUCCAACAAUUGCGGACAUGGUCUGCAGAAAAGAACACGUUCCUGCGUAGGAUCAACGAACAUGUUAUAUUCGUGUUCCGGAAGCGAUGAACAAUAUAUCAGUUGUCAAACUACUUGCAGUGAAUAUACAAGAAAUACCACGUCGGCGUUCACAGCAACUGGGUUGCAAGGAGUACAAGAAUACCCUCUUGUCUUUCCGACGAUAUUGUUGAAUGAUGGUGAUGACUACAAUCCUAUUUCUGGCGAAUUCACCUGCAGAAUUGCGGUACUGUAUUUCUUUGUAACAAGUCUUACAAAGACAAGAGAAAGUUCUAGGCAUAUAGACGGAGUAUAUGCCUAUAUCCAAAUAAAUGGGGUCAAUCAGGUUAUGACAGUAGUUGAUCCAAUUGACAUUGCUGACGCUGGAAGUUACAUGGCGGGAACAUCAGGAACAUUCCGUCUCAGGAAGGGGGAUAGAGUAACAGUAUAUGGGUUGUCUCGCUGGUAUACACCAGCAUAUUGCACCUUUUCUGGAUAUUUAAUAAAACCAGACUUAUGGGGAAAGGGAGCAACAAUUGUGUGCAUCUUAUAUAUAUUCCAGAACUGUAUCUUCAUUAUGUUAAGCCUUGGAAAAUUAAAUAUAAACGUUGACACACAAAGUGAGGACUUGUCAUGUUUUGGAAUAGUAUAUAUUACAGUACAUGCAUUUAUUAGUGUGGAAAAACAGGUGAGCGUGCAAAUUAUUAGAUGUGUUUUCCUUAAUAAAUACAUUUGAAUAGAUCAAUUUGGCACAACAAUGUAGUUGCUUAACGUGUAUGUCCACUAAAGACACAUUAAAUAUACAAAUUAAAAAAUAA